AUGGGUGCGUCCGUCCUGGUCUUUCUCACUCUUUCCCUGCGACGUCUCCACUACGACCUGUUUAUGAGAAUUCUCAAAACCACCCUGCAACGUCCUGGUCAAGCUUUGAGGCGCCUCACACUUUCUUUCACUGCUUCACCGUCCUACCUCCUCCGCUUCUCCUCUCCCCUCCCUCCAUUCCCUCUCUUCCCCUCCACUCCCCUCCCCGCCCGUCCCCGCUCCCCGUCUCACCCUAUUCCCCCGUGCACCCACUGCACUGUCCCGCCCCUCCCAUCCCGCUGCUCCCGUCGUGUAGGCAUGCGAUUAAGUCGACUCAGAUUUCCGCCCUCCUCCCUCCCCUCCCCUCUGUCCCCAUUUGCGCCCGCUCCGCCCGCCCUGCCCCUCCCCGUGCAGGCGUGCGACUUUGCGUUCAACGGCUCGCUGGGCUUGGUGCCCCUCUACUCGCUCCACUCACCUCCCCUCCCGUCCCCGCUCCUCCCCGGCCGUCCCCGCUCCCUGUCCUCCCCUCUUCCCCUUUGCGCCCUCUGCACUGUGCGACUCCGCCCUUCCCGCCCCCCCCUUCUCCCCAUUUGCGCCCGCUCGUCCCCGUGCGUGCUGGCGUGUGACUUUGCGUUCAACGGGUCGCUGAGCUUGGUGCCGCUCUACUCGCUCGAGGCCAUGCAGCCCAACGCGCCCUUCUCUCCUGCUCCCCCCCUGCGCUCGCUGCCCUGUCCCACUCCUCGCCAUGUGCGCGCGCUCCCCCCCCAGGCAUGUGACUUUGCGUUCAACGGCUCGCUGAGCUUGGCGUGCGACUUUGCGUUCAACGGGUCGCUGAACUUCGUGCCGCUCUACUCGCUCGAGGCCAUGCAGCCCAACGCGCCCUUCUCCGAUGGCGUGCUUCACUCCAAGAAGGCAGCGCACGUGGUAUAUGGCAAGCUGAAGGACCGAUGCAAUGUGGUGGACGCAUGGAAUGCAGCCGACGUGGUAUACGGGAAACUGAAGGACCGAUGCAACGUUGUGGACGCAUGGAAUAGGAAGCUGCCCAAGUGUCCGUCCUUCACAGUGGUGCUGCCCUCCAGCUCCUCAGACAGCCCCACCAUCCGCAUCGCCACCGCUGCUCCCAUCACCAACACCAUCACCUACAGCGGGGCGUGCUUCAUUCUAUCGUUCUCACAGCUGGUGCUCAAGCUGGGCAGUGGGCCCAAGGGCAUGGUGCGCCUCUCCCCUGCCGACGGCAACCUGCAGUUCCCAGAUGCAAGGCGGUGUGUGGUGUUUCGGACAUUCUGA